AUGACGAAUAAGAUCACCAAAGUAGCACUAGCAGGGGCUUCUGGAAGUCUAGGAUCUAAGACUCUUGCGGCGCUUCUCAAUCAAGGAUUCGAGGUUACUGUGUUAACCCGCUCGCCCAAGGAAUUCCCAGCCGGUGUUACAGUCAAAGUCGUCGACUUCAACUCCACGGAGUCUUUAUCUGUAGCCAUCCAAGGCCAGGACGCGGUCGUUGACAAUACUUUCACCCAAGAUGUUGAAACACCAUUGCGUCUUAUAGAUGCUGCGGCUGCCAGUGGAGUCUACCGUUUUAUCACAAGCGACUAUGGCCUCGAUCCAGAAAUUCCUGGCGUUCGCGACAUGCCAGUCUUUGGGCGUAAACGCGAUUCUUACCGUGCGGUCAAAGAAAAGGCGGAGAAAUCUGGAAUGACUUACACUUUGAUCGUCGUCGGCUGUUUCCUGGACUGGUGUCUUUCCACUGGGUUUGCUGGUGUUGACCUAAAAACAAAAACAGCAACCAUGUUCGACGGCGGGGAGAAUGUGGUUCCGUGGACAACCCUUGAAGAUGCGGGUAAAGCGACUGCUGGUGCUCUACUCCAACUCGAAGAAACUCUUAACAGACCGGUUUAUGUGCAUAGUACGUAUUUGUCCCAGGUCGAGCUUUUGAGAAUUGUGCAAGAAGUUUUGGGGGAGGAUGGUUGGAACAUAACAUCCCAAGAUAUGAAGCCACUGUUAGACCAAGCUUUGGAAGACCUGCGUACCGGGAAUAUUUCCCCGAUGACUUUUGGAGUACAGAUCCAAUAUUGUGUUGCCAACAAGUCACUGGCACAUCCCUGGGAAAUCGAUGACAACGAUCUUGUCGGCAUCAGAGAGAAACCCUCUGAAGAGCUACGAGACUUAGUCCGUCAGCUUGCUGCUGUUUGA